UCCUCUGGCGCAGCAGAGAGAAAGCUCAUCUUGGGCCGCCAGCGAGCACCGAGCCGGGAUGCUGGGAGGGCAGAUGAUGAUGUGAUGUGAUCCGAUCACAUACGGGCGGCCGGCUGCAGUUAUAUGGGCAGGACUGGAGCUUAUAAAGGCGGCUGUCGACCUCGGCCCUGCUCACUAGAUACUGAGUGUGCGUCGUCGUGGGAGCUGGAGGCUGAGCGAAGCGGUGAGUGGAUGGUGACCUUCAGGUGAAAACACUCUUUAUACAAGCUCUAUCACGGCAGUGUAUUCCUAGUCAGCCAUGAUGUCGGUACAGACUCCUCCUCUCUCCCGCUCUGGCUCCUCCCCCUCUGGUCUGGCCAAUCGCAGCGGCCCCUCCGCCAACCCUCCCACCUCCCUCACCCUCCGCUCAUCGUACAACCAGUUGCUCGGGCGAGACGUCAUCAAGGAGUCCAUGGAAACCGGAAGUUCGGCCACCUUGCCAAAGAGCCGUCAGAGGUACGCGAUGACCAGCGUGCGGAGCGCCAUGGGGAUAAGUGACUCUAAAAACCAACCUGUAACCAGAGGGAGGGGUCUCCCCACCAAGUCCUCCUCCAGCUCUGCCCUCUACUCCUCCUCGUCCUCCAAUACAACCAACCCCAAACUGGCCAAGAACGGGGCCAACAUGCAGAGACGGGCUGAGAGUCAGCAGCUGGAGUUGAGCAGGGCCAAUACAGAGGGCAAAAUUCACAAUGAUCUCAUCAAUAACCCCAGUUCUGACUGGCUAGAAUCAGGAAAAGACAACUCCCAGCUUCCCCCGUUCCGUAGAAGGACCAAGAGCUUCUUGGAGUAUCACGGGAAGGGCUGGGAUCUGGACCUCAGUUGGGGAAACAAAGAGGACAAGGAAGAGAAGAAGCAGCAGCCUUCUCCAGAGAAGGAGCAGGCCAGCCCUGCCAAGGAGAGGGAGAGCCAGAAGGAGGAGAAGCUCAGCAGCAAGCAGACCUGCCAGGAGGAGAAGGAAGAGGUGGAGCCGGUGGUGGAGGAGGAGGAGGAGGAAGAGGAAGAUGACCCCACACCGACACCAAGGCAGCCGCUGCUACCAGUGGUGGUGGAAGCCCCGCUUUCCCCCACGUCCUCCUCUUCUACCAACAGCCCAGAGUGGUUCCCAGACAACCAAAUCCACCUCCAGAACCAGGCUCCAGGCCAGGUCAGAGAUGAGCUCUGUGCCCAGGUUCUGACUAGUCCACGCAGUCCUGCAAAGCCUCCCCGGAGCUCCCAGCCCCGGGUGAUCAAAGUCGAGCUGCACCCAAACAAUGAGAACCAGUUCCUGCAACAGUACCCGCCUUCGUCCCCAAAACAGGCCCGGGCUGCAGAGAGGAGCACCCCCACCAGGAGCCGGGCACCCCCUGCCCUGCCAGAUCAGGAACCAGAGACUGGGCUCCCUAAAGUGGGCUUAAGGAUGGAUCUGACUCCUGAAACUCCCUCGGAGGAUGAAGACUCCAGCUGGACCACCCUGUCCCAGGAGACGCCCUCUCCUCAGACUCCACGGGAGACAGCAGAUGUAUGGAAUGAAGGGAACCUGCCUCCAGGCUGGCGGGAGAUCUCAGACUCAUCAGAGAUCUAUUUCUGGCACAUCCCCACUGGCACCACACAGUACCACCGACCUGUCGCCUCCGGCGACCAACACACCUCUCCCGACAAUGAGCCAGACACUGAGCACGACCCGACACAGGAAACGCAGGACUCCCUCAAGCCACCAAACGAGCGCCCCAGCAGUCUGAUAUCUGACAGCUCGGUGGAGCCGGUCCCCUCACCCACUGGAUCCUGCCCCUCCUCCCCCUCCUCCUCCUCCUCCUCCACUCCAUUCGAUGAUGUCACCUCUUCUGGACCAAAUCUCAACACCGCCACCUGCACAGCCAACGAGCUGAAGGACUAUCCAGUCUAUCCAGAUCCCAGUCUGAAGGCGUUUGAAGGGGCUACCCUCCGCUAUGCUUCGCUUAAACUUAACGCCCCAGCCCAGCUAGAGACAGUGGACCUCAACAAUAGCUUCUCCAAUCCAGAUGCAAUGUCAUUUCCAGUGCGAUCUCUGGGCUGGGUGGAGAUGGCAGAACAGGACCUGUGUGAGGGGAGGAGCAGCCUGGCCGUCCACCACUGUAUCAGACAGCUGUCCUACUGCAGGAGGGACAUCCGAGACUCUGCCGGUGUCUGGGGAGAGGGCAAAGGGAUGCUGCUGGUGCUUCAAGACCGCAUGUUGACCCUGGUUGACCCAGAUGAUCGCAGCCUGCUCCACUCUCAGCCAAUCAGUAGCAUCCGUGUCUGGGGCGUCGGCCGAGACCACGACAGAGAAAGGGACUUUGCCUACGUGGCGAGAGACAAGAACACGCGAGUGCUGAAGUGCCACGUGUUCCGAUGUGAUACUCCUGCCGCCGCCAUCGCGACAAGUCUCCACGAAAUCUGCUCCAAGAUUAUGGCUGAAAGGAAAAGUGCCAAGGCUGCAGCUGGCAGCUCCUCCCAGACCGGCUCCGAUGUACCCCUACAAGAGUUUCCCAUACCAAAGACUGAGUUGGUGCAGAAGUUUCAUGUGCUGUAUCUGGGUAUGACAACUGUGUCUCGCCCCAUAGGUAUGGACAUCAUAAAUGGGGCCCUAGAAAACCUCCUGACCACUACAGGCAAAGAGGACUGGACUCCUGUCAUAUUGAGUAUUGCUGACACCACUCUGGCUGUCAUCAAAGAAAAGGAAGAGGAAGAGGAGGUGUUGGUAGAGUGUCGAGUCCGUUUCUUGUCCUUCAUGGGCGUGGGACGAGAUGUGCACUCAUUUGCCUUUGUUAUGGAUACUGGGAGCCAGCAUUUCCAGUGCCAUGCGUUCUGGUGCGACCCCAACGCAGGCAACGUGUCUGAGGCUGUGCAGGCAGCAUGUGUGCUGCGGUAUCAGAAGUGUCUGGUGGCACGGCCGCCCUCCCAACGCGCUGGCUCCUCUUCCUCGCCCUCUGCGGACUCGGUGACCCGCCGGGUGACCACCAGUGUGAAACGUGGCGUUCAGUCACUCAUAGACACUCUGAAACCCAAGAAACAGCCGCCGGAACUCCCCCAGCAAUGACCGUCACCAGUGACAACACCACCCCACACCCCCCCAGCCGAUGCCUGGACGCCACUCAAACACUAUCGCCACGACAACACCUAAUCAGUACCAACCAUGGUAACCAAUGAUGUACAUACAUGUUAACAAACACCACCACAGAUGUAGGAAAGAAGAACAAUCCUCCAGUACGCCUGAUGAUAAAAAAAAUUAUAAGAAAACUCAUCUGUUUCAUGAGGAAGAAUGGGAAAACGGCUGUCACUGGUUGAACUUUGACCUUUGAACGCUGCUGUGUCCAAGUGGAAACCACCUGCUGGCUUCAUUGGCCCUUACUGUAUAUGGAUUCUGGGCUGGGUGGAUUACUUGAUCAAGCACUCUACAGACAGGAUACAGGAUAGAAGAUCAAAUUUCUAUUGACAGACUGGUUUAUGGAACCAAUCAUUGGUUUACUCCAUUUUCUUUCAUGCUCUGUCCCUUCCUGUAAAAACAUUCAUCAGCACAGUAAGAGCACCUGGACUGGACGCCCGAGACGCCAAGCUACAGGAGCCUUCCAGGACAGAAAAGGUGUCGACUUGCUGUCACGGGAUUUUAACAAGUAAAUAAGAAAAGACAGACAAGACCUGACAACACGCUCCCUCCAACCAAAUGGGAUAAAAAAAAAUGUUUUGAUCCCUUCGAUGUGCGUCAGACUUGAAACAAACAAAAACGUAACAUCUCCUUUGAGGAUGAAUGAAGCGAUUGUAAUGGUGAAGUGUAUGUAAAUGAUUGUACGUAGGAAGAGAGAAUUUAGGGCACAAAACUUGUAGAUAUGAGGGAGAGGUGAAGUGUUGGUGACAGAAAAUGGGAAAGAUGUGGGUUUUGAUUUUGCAUGUUUUCUUGAUGGGAUAUGUUUUAUGUCGAUGAGUUGAUAAGGGUCUCUGUUAGAAGAGUGGUGAACACACAAGAAAUAGAUGCUCUUAGCACAAGUCAUCUCCACUUGACCAUGACUGGAUUUACACUGGCACAAGAAAUCUGGCCCAUUUCCGACCCAUACGUACGUGACUAAAAUGUUACUCUCUGCCCCAUUUACAGAAUCACAAUUAAGGAUUGUCAGUCAACGAGUUUUACUUUCUAUUCCUUGAUGUAUGAGUUGAUCAGAAAAAGAAAGGUAACAGUUUUUAAUGUAUUUUGAAGCUUAUAAUUUGUUUUUUUGCAUACAUUAGAGAAAAGCUGAGUUUAAAAGCUCAAUAAUGUUACAUUGCUUAUGUUCAAACUUUACAAUUUCCUCAGGAAUCUUUAUGCAUACACCCAAGAUUUAUGCGGUAGCAAGAAAUUCCAGAUCAAGGCUUUGACUUUGGCAGAUGUGAAGCACUCGAGGCUGUUAAGAACUGUGGUACACAACAGUGUUUGCCUUGCUUGUAAAGCACGGAAAAGACUAAAUCUGUGCCAUACAGUAAGGGUUAACUAUAUUUUCUCUUUCUCAGUAAAUCCAGCCAGUCUACUCCCACUCACAAACAAAAUAUACAUACACACACACACACACACACACACACACACACAUAAAUAUGCACAUACAGCAGUAAAAAAACAAACAAAAAAAAAGUCUGCUGUCACUGCUAUCAAGACCUUUACACUGCUCCUAA